AAGCAAAGGAAGAAAGAAAGGAAGCAAACAUAAUUGCUCCCAACAAACAAUUUCUCUUUUUGCAUUCAUCUAAUCACUAUAUAUAACACCGACUCCCAGGGCAGAGGGCAGAGGGCAGAGGGAGAGCAGCCAUUGAUCUCCCUUUCUCUCUUCUCCACUGCUGCAUUCUAAUUCCCAUGAUCAUGUCCCAUAACCAUUCUUCUGUUCAUGCCUUCCUCAACUUCCUCGCACGGGAUCUCGACAAUCUUGAUCACCUCUUCCUCUCUCACAACUUCAUCCUCUCCGCCGCAUUCCUCCAACACGUCCUCUCCUCCCUCCGCUCCUUCCAUUCCCACCUAACCCUUCUCGUCCACAACCUCAAUCUCCCUCUCGGAGAUAAAUGGCUUGACGAAUACAUGGAUGAAUCCUCCAGGCUCUGGGAAGCUUCCCACUUGCUCAAAUCAGGCCUAUCUGCCACUGAAAAAUACUCCUCGUCUGCAGCCAAUAUACCGUCUUUGCUCCACGAUCAUCGUGCUUUAAACCCUCAACUUUCCCGCCAGGUUAUCCGAGCGAUCAACGGGUGCCAGAGGGAAAUCACAGCACUGCAAGAGGAAAACAAGAGCACAGCAGAAGCAAAGCUGCAGACACUGUCUCUGAGGUUGAAGGAGACAGUCUUAGCAGAAUCAAAGUUCAACAAAUACAAUGGAUUCCGAGGAGUCCUACAUGCAAUGAGGAAUGUAAACACAUUGCUCUUACUCAUUCUACUCAGUGGCCUAGUGUACUACUGGCCAGAAAUGAGCUUUUACCAAUCGACCCACCACGAAGGGAGCUCGUUGUUUGGCUCCACCAAGUUCAUGGUAUCAACCGGUAAAUUGCAUCAGAGAAUAGCAAACGCGAUGAGUCGUCUACAAGUACAGCCCGGCAUUCUUCUGUAUGAGCUGCAGAGGGCUAAAUUUGCAAUGGAUGAGGUGAAAAUGGAGAUGGAGAGGGUUCUUGAUCAUGAUUAUGAGGUGGAUGAUCAGAGUGAUGUAAUUGAUGAGAAAGUUGGGGAGUUGAGGAGUUGCUUAGCAGGUUUGCAGUGUGGGGUUGAGGAGAUAGUUGGGCAGGUUGAUGAUUUGUUGGAUGAGAUAGUUGAAGGAAGGAAGAAGCUUUUGGACAUGUGCUCACAUAGGUAGAGAGAAUCACAGAGGAAGAAAGAAAUUAAGAGAUGUGAAGUGGAUUGCAAGAAAAUCAGAUGAUGGGAUUUUAGUUUUGAUCAGAAUUAAUCUGGUUAUGAUUGUUUCUUUUGUUGUUGUUUUGUUUUUUUGCCUUUUAUUAUAAGGGAUAAUUAUACUGACAUUAUAUCAGAUUUUAGAUGUAUUAAUAUAUGAAAAAGAAGAAAGGAAAUCCUUUUGAAAAA